AAGUUGCUCUUGUAGCCAUCAGCCUGCGGCGAGUCAGUCACUCCGUCAGUCAGUCACUCCGUCAGUCAGUCACUCCGUCAGUCAGUCACUCCGUCCGUCGACUUGACCUGGAACUCUUUCCGCUGGGUUGUAGAAAUUUUGUGAGCAUCCACUCUGGGUGAAAGUGAUCAUGGAGGAUUCGUCAGACCAGUCCCACUGGGCGUCUCCCUCCCUGCUCAGCUCCGACCCCCUCGCCGGCUUCCCCUCUGACCCGGGCCUGCUGACCGCCGGGGAAGAAGGAGAGGCCUUUUUCUCAGCCGCAGACGCCGAUUACGCCGGGCUGUCCUCGUUCUUCCCCAACCCGAGCCACAGCCGAGCGCCGUCCAGCUACAGACACAACUCCGUCCGGCAGGUGUACGCCUCCCCAGGCCUCCUCAGUAACCUCCAGCUCCUGGACGGGCCCCCGAGCCACCCGCUGAGCUCGCCCUACAGCCCCGCGGCCUCCACCUGGAGCGGCAGCCCGCUCACCAAGACGCCGCUGCACUCGCACACCCCGACCUCCCUGUACUCCCCCGGGAUGGCCUCCUCCUUCACCGCCUCCAGGGACGGAUACCCUUCCCCCGGAAGGGAGGGCAGGGAGAGCCCCCGUCUCCAGGAGGCCCUCAAAGCGGAGCGUCUGAGCCCCCUGGGCGGCUCGGGUGCCAGCAGCAACUUCCUGAACCUGACCCCCGCCGCCGGGAGCAUGUACACCCCCUCGUCGCACUCGCACCCCCACAUGCUGAGCCCCUACAGCUCGUACAUGAGCGGACCGCAGGACUACGGCUCGCCGGCCCUCUACUCCAGCGCCGGCGCCUGGAUCAGCCCGUCCUACUCCCCGAAGCUCCGCAAUAAGCUGAGGCCGACCACUCCAGAGGCCCGAGAGUGUGUAAACUGCGGAGCCACUGCGACGCCCCUGUGGCGCAGGGACGGUACCGGACACUACCUGUGCAACGCCUGCGGACUGUACCACAAGAUGAACGGCCAGAACCGACCUCUGAUCCGGCCCAAGAAGAGACUGAUCGUGAGCAAGCGCGCGGGUACCGUGUGCGCCAACUGUCACACCAGCACGACGACGCUGUGGCGGCGCAACGCCAGCGGGGAGCCCGUGUGCAACGCCUGCGGACUCUACUUCAAACUGCACAAUGUCAACCGACCGCUCACCAUGAAGAAGGAAGGCAUCCAGACCCGCAACCGGAAAGUCUCCAACAAGAACAAGAAGAGCAAGAAGGCCGCCAUGUUGGAGCCGUACUUGGACGCGGUCCAGCCGCCUCCCCUGGACGACAACGGCGGGCCCUUUUCCCUCGGCCCCGGGACUCUGCUGACCUACAGCCACACGCCGCACCUCCUCCCCACCCCGACCCCGCUGCACCCCUCCGCCGGCCUGCCCUACGCGCACCACCUCAACUCCGGCAUGGUGCCCACUCUGGUGUGACCCUGCAGCAGCUACAGCUCCUGCUUCCUCCUUCGUCUAGCGUGGGAUUGUACAUAAAUGAUGAUUUGUUUAUUAUUAUUUUUUCCACUGUAUUAUUAUUAUUAUUAUUUUUUUUAUCGCAUCUGUCGUUGACAUAUUUUGGCGCGCAAAGCCAGAUAAAAACCCCUCCACGGAGGUUGCUGCACAUGUAGACACACUGAUGACAGAUUUGCUCCUUUUGUAAAUACAAAACAAGCGUCUGAUUUGCUGCCGGCGUCUGUUUCAGGUGAAAUAAUGUGACGUUACACAGGAGUUUUAAUGUUCUCUGUUGUGUAUUUGCAUACAUGAUCUAACCGCACCAAAGCUGCAGAGAGAAGAAUAAAAUGUUUGACUUUA